AGCGAAGUCGAGGUGGCAGUCGUUUCGCCGCUCUACCGCCGUCCCUAGCGGCGACGCUGCCGAUCUAAGCCGCGUAUACGACAGCCACGACACCUACCAACGGCUCAAGUGCGAAACAACCAACACUAACGCCCCGGACGGCGCUCCAAACGAGAUUGGCGUGGCAGCCGCAAAACGCCGCCGCAAGCAUGUGCGUCGCCCCCCCGAAGAGCCUCGCCCAGCCCACGGCGCGACGAAGAUCUACGAUAGUCGAGGACCAGCUCCGCAAGCACAAGAAGAGCUUCCAGUCCUUCGCGGCUUUCGUCGGACUGCUCCUGUUGCUGCGAAGUAAGCGACGAGAAAGUUUUGAGAAAUUGACGAACCCCCUGAACCUAUCGAGAGAGUACUACUGGUGUGGGUGGGCCCUGAAAUGUUUAGGAUUGCAGCUCCUCGAUCAUAUCGUACUCGUACUCCUAGACCGCGCUUAUAACAAUAAAAUGAUGAUGUACCGCAUCAACACGGGCAAUCGGGGCCUCGUGAAGUUGGAGUGGAUCGACUAUUUGUUUUUGUGCAUCAAUUCGGUGGUGGAGUGGCAGUUCACGUGCCACGUGAUCGAUAUCGUGCUGUCGUCCCCGAACUUUGCUUGGAGGUUAAAUGACCUAGGAAUGCUGAAUACAUUACCAGCACUCUACUUAAUCUUCGCGAUCGACGACGCCUUCUACGCGCCGCUCCACUUGCUGAUGCACCGGCCGUGGUUUUACCCGUAUGUCCACAAGCACCACCAUAGACAACAACUGCCGGAGCGGGGUUAUGCGGACGCCGGCAACGAGCACCCCAUCGAGCAGGUGCUUGGCUUGAGCUGUUUGUACAUCACUUUGGUCAUUGUUGGUCACACAACAUCAGUGCAUGCCCUGACGAUCUUCGUGCACUUCAUCCUGUACGCUAUCCUAGCGCUCCUGAACCACACGGCCUACGACGUCCAGUUUAGGUUUUGGGGCUUUGAAUAUACGACGCGGGCGCACGAGACGCACCACCGCUACCCCACGAAGAACCUCGCGCAGUAGCGCGUUUUGCGGGACAAACCGCGGGACGCGCACGCCAUGCCAAAUACUACGACGGGGCGGACCGGAAGAAGGUCGCAUAAAUAUACAAUUAACAGCG